AUGCCUACGUUCAGCAGCCGGGACAUUCCUGACCUUCACGGCCAGGUCAUUAUUGUCACUGGAGGCAAUGCGGGUCUAGGGUACGAAACCAUCCGCCAGCUCGACAAGAACAACCCAGCAAUGACCCAGCUUAAUCAGGAAAAUCCAGGACACACCGAGAUCCGAUUCCUCCAAUUGGAUCUGGCUUCGUUUGAGAGCGUCAAAGCUGCCGCAGACUUCCUUCGUCAAGAGACGCGCCUUGACAUCCUCAUAAACAACGCUGGUAUAAUGAUGACUCCAGAAGAUGUCACCACGGACGGAUACGAAACCCAACUCGGCAUAAAUGUGCUGGGUCCUGCUUUGUUCACCCAACUUCUGCUGCCCACUCUGCGCAAGAUGGCAGAGGUCAAUAGCCAAACUCGCAUGGUUAUGCUCUCCUCGGCUGCACAUGCCAAGGCGCCCAGUGAUUUGUACAACUUCGAUGAACAUCGCACGAACGCUGCUAACCGCCGCACUACUCAGCGCUACACCACGUCCAAGCUCGCCAAUCUCCAUUAUGCUAGAGCGUUGGCUGAGAGGGAAACAAAGGUGAAGAUUAUCUCGGUUCAUCCCGGGAUGGUAGCAACCAAUCUCCAUCAUUCGUCCACUGGCAUCUUCCCUAGACCCUUCCUCCACGCUGCGGUUCACUUUGCUGCAACACCGCACGGGCAGUACUACGGCCCUAUUGGCAAGACCGAAAAUGGAUCCAAAUUGAUCCGCGACGAUGAUCUCCAGGAGCGAAUGUUCAGGUGGAUUCAGGCCGAGCUUUCACCUCAUGUGGGGACAAUUAUGUGA